AUGUCGGUAGAGAACAAGUAUUCUCCGGGCGUUGCGGUGGCCAAACCGAAGAAGACCCUUGUCAUCAUCCUCGCUAUCCUCCUUGCCGUGAUCACGGCUUUGGCGCUCAUCUUUUUUGGCACAACCCUCUACUUCCUGUUGAUUAAUAAAAGUGGCCAAGGCAUCGAUGAUGCGGGAGUAGCGGCAGGAGAACCCCCGACACCAGCGGGUGUGGCGAAGGCCAAUACAACAGGCUGGAGCACGCGAGUGAAGGACGUUCGACUGCCAUACACGGUGAUUCCACUAUACUACGACCUAAGACUUCAGGCCAAUAUCUACGGCUCCAACGCGAGCCUCUUCAACUUCAACGGGUCAGUGCGCGUGCGCCUGCAGUGCCGCGAGGCCACGGACUUCUUCUUCGUCCACGCUUACAACGAAAUGACUGUCAAUCGGAAGGCCAUAUGGCUGCACCGUGAGGACAGUGAAGUGAACCUACUAGCAAACGUCUCCUACGAUCGAGCAAGACAAUGGUACAGGCUGAGUACCUCAGAGAAGCUAGAGCCAGAGAAGAUUUACCUCUUGUAUUUUGGCGACUUCGGGGCGCCGCUCACCAUCAAUCUUCGGGGGUGGUAUCUCAGCAGCUACGUUGAGAAUAAUGUCACCAAAUACUUGGCAACGAGCCAGCUGCAACCAACAGACGCCAGACGUGUUUUCCCGUGCUGGGACGAACCGGCCUUCAAGUCCAUAUUUGAAAUCAAACUAGUACGAAGGGAGGACUUCCAUUCAAUGUCAAAUAUGCCACUGGUAGAGUCCCGACUCAUCGGCAAUGGAUGGGUGGAGGACAGCUUUAAACCCACUCUCAACACCUCCACUUACCUCCUGGCCUUUGUUGUCUCGCAAUUCGAGAGUCUGCCAGGGCUUGAUGCUAAGAACAGAAAUUUCACAAUUUGGGCACGGCCGGAUCUCAUGUCCGCGGCUGAUUAUGCCCUUGACAUCGGCAAGAAAAUCAUUGGAUUCUUCGAGGACUACUUUGAGCUUGACUAUCCCCUUGAAAAAACUGAUAUGUUGGCGGUUCCUCACUUUGCGGCUGGAGCAAUGGAGAACUGGGGUCUGAUCAUCUACCGCGAGGCGACGCUCAUUUGGGAUCCCUCCAGUGGAACCGAAUUUGCCCGUCAAAAGGUCGCUACUGUUAUAUCGCAUGAAAUCGCCCACCAGUGGUUUGGUAAUCUAGUGACUCUGGAUUGGUGGGAUGAUCUUUGGUUAAACGAGGGCUUUGCAACCUUUGUGGAGUACAUUGGUGUUGCUCAUGCUGAACCAUCUUGGCAUAUGGAUGAACAAUUCGCGGUGCAUCAGCUGCAGAAGGUUUUCUUUGUCGACUCCUUAUCGACUACGCAUCCUGUCUUCCUGCCAGUCUCGCAUCCGGACGAAAUUAACGAUAUUUUUGACGCUAUCUCCUACAAUAAGGGAGCCUCUGUUCUUCGAAUGAUGGAAGCGUUCCUUGGCCGCGAAGUUUUCCGUCAGGGCCUCAAGAUUUACUUGUCCAGGCACAAAUUCCAAAACACCAAGCCCAUCGACCUGUGGAAUGCCCUCACCGAGGCCAACUCAAAAUCGGGUAACUUUAUCGACGUGGAAGCAGUCAUGAAUGUGUGGAUCAGGCAGCCUGGCUACCCUCUGGUCUCGGUGAAACGACUCGGUGGCAAUCGGUUUGAGCUCUCUCAGGAGCGCUUUUUGUUGGGCAUGCAUCCAGCGAAUGCCUCCGUGAACAUUAACGUCACCAAUAAACUCUGGAGCAUUCCAAUUACCUAUGCAACGAAAUCGGAAAAUAUAACUGAAGCCGAAAACCGAAUCCUUUGGAUGAAUGGCAAAAAUCUGAUCCUUGAAAUGGACGUUUCUGGAGGUCAGUGGUACGCUCUGAAUCUUCGUCAAAUGGGAUUUUAUCGGGUAAACUAUGACAUGGAGAAUUGGCAUUUGGUGACCAAGGCUCUCUGCACCAACCACGCGGAACUACCGCGUCUGAUGCGUGCCCAACUGAUUGACGAUAGUUUCCACAUCGCCAACCAUGGCGCUCUGUCGUUCGAGGUGUUCUUGAACCUGACCCGCUACCUGCGCAUGGAGCGCGAGUACGUGCCAUUGAACGCGAUGCAUCGGGCCUUCAACUACCUCUACGACGUGCUCGCCAUGCACGACAGCCAUUCGCUGUUGAAGCGCUACGUGCGCAUCCUCAUCUCCGACGCCUACAAGGAUAUCAAUUGGAACGCUGCUAAAUCAGACGAGAACCACCUCAAUAACAUGGCUCGGCAAAUCAUUGUGUCGAUGUCCUGUGGGGCUGACCACAGCGAUUGUGUGAAGAGGUCGAAGAUGCUCUUCGAUGAAUUCAUGCAAGAUCCGUCGAGCCACAAAAUACCAACGAGUCUGACUCCUACGGUGUACUGCACGGCAAUUCGCGAAGGCGGUGUGAAGGAGUGGGACUUCUUGAAGCAGUUGAGUAUGAGGGUCCUACAUGAAGAUGAAAAGUACCGCAUUCUGGAGGCUCUGGGGUGCACACGUGACUUCGUUCGUCUGAGAACGUAUAUUCGGGAACUGAUUGACGAUGCCAUCUCUAAGAGCGAUGACUUGGAACUUCCUGCGUCUCUUAGUGGAAAUCCAAUCGGGCUUUAUGUAAUUUACGACACAAUUAAACGGGAAUGGCCUAACAGAAAUCGUGGCACAAAUUCUCCAUUCAAAUUGAUCCUAAAAGCUGUGGAAAAGCGGGGCAUUAUCAUCGAAACGCUACCAAUUCAAGACGAGUUAAUGAGAAUGAAUGCAACACUGCAUGCAGAGGCAGAUCCGCAGACGGGGCGUUGGAUCCACCGAAUCCUCACGCAGUCAAAGCGGGACUACAAUUGGUUAAAAAGAUAUGCCAGCACCAUCCACUCCUGGCUUAAGCACGAAGUGGAAUCCCUCCAAGCAUCAAGCGGUGAAUACGAUUCCACAACUGUCAACCCAUUCCACGCGGACACCGAAACGACUCAUACCACUCUGGAAGACUCUGCUGUCUCUGUCUCUCUCGGAUCCCUCGGUUACCCGCAAAACACCUGCCUUCCUAUUCCGAAACUAACUCAAUCCGGCCUAAAACAAGCCAUCUUUCUCUCGUGUGUUAUUCUAAUUGAAUGUUCCUUCCCUAAUUAUCGUCCCCGAACCUUCUUACUUACAAUGAAGCGGACGUCUAGGGGUUCUCCCUGUGGUUUUUUGAUGCCCUCAAGGAGCUCGGAAAGUGCAAGGGACUGUCGAAAGCGAAAAGCUUUGCGUAUCCAGUAUCUAGCAGAGAGUGUGCGUUUACGAGAACUUACUGUUCUUAAAAUGAGGCAGGAUGUCGAGAGGUUAUUAGAGGUAUGUCAUGAAAUCGACAAUGGUGAGUUUCCUCAGAGUGUUGUGGCUGAUCUUGGCAUUCUCUACGAGUGA